GGAGGAGGAGGAGGAGGAGGCAGGCAGGCAGGCAGGCAGGCAGUGAGCAAGUGAGGGGAGCAGUAGCAGAAAGCAGAAGGGUGAGACAGGAAGACAGACACAGCCUACCUUCCUCACCGGAGCAAAGGAAAGACUGGCUUUCAUUGUUGGGAGAGCUCCAAUGCCUGGUCCUACCCAAACCUUGUCCCCAAAUGGAGAGAACAACAACGACAUCAUCCAGGAUAACGGGACCAUCAUUCCUUUCAGGAAGCACACAGUGCGUGGGGAGAGAUCUUACAGUUGGGGAAUGGCGGUCAAUGUGUAUUCUACCUCGAUAACCCAAGAGACUAUGAGCAGACAUGACAUCAUUGCAUGGGUGAAUGACAUAGUAUCUUUAAACUACACAAAAGUGGAACAGCUUUGUUCAGGAGCGGCCUAUUGCCAGUUCAUGGACAUGCUAUUCCCAGGCUGUAUUAGUUUGAAGAAAGUAAAAUUUCAAGCAAAGUUGGAGCAUGAAUAUAUUCACAACUUUAAACUUCUGCAAGCAUCAUUUAAAAGAAUGAAUGUUGAUAAGGUCAUUCCAGUGGAGAAGCUAGUGAAAGGACGCUUUCAGGACAACUUGGAUUUCAUCCAGUGGUUUAAGAAGUUCUAUGAUGCGAACUAUGAUGGGAAGGAGUAUGACCCCGUGGAAGCUCGGCAAGGCCAGGAUGCAAUUCCCCCACCAGAUCCUGGUGAACAGAUCUUCAACUUACCCAAGAAAUCUCACCAUGCAAACUCACCUACGGCAGGUGCUGCUAAAUCUAGUCCGGCUUCUAAACCAGGAUCUACCCCUUCUCGUCCCUCAUCAGCAAAAAGGACCCCCUCUAGCAGUGGCUCAGCAUCCAAAUCUGAGAAAGACUUAGAAACCCAGGUCAUACAGCUCAAUGAACAGGUACAUUCGUUAAAACUUGCACUUGAAGGCGUGGAGAAGGAAAGAGAUUUCUACUUUGGAAAGUUGAGAGAGAUUGAGCUGCUCUGCCAAGAACAUGGGCAGGAAAAUGAUGAUCUCGUGCAGAGACUAAUGGAGGUCCUAUAUGCUUCAGAAGAACAUGAGAGCCACACAGAGGAGCAAGAUGCAGAAGGGCAAGUUCACGAGCAGCCUCAGCAGCAGGAAGAAUACUGACCCGUCUUCACAUCUCUUGACACUUUUCAUUUUGUUGUGGAAACUUUUCUUCUGGAGAAUUGGAACAUGUGUGGCCUCAAACACGAAAGAAAACCCUUUGCUCUCCAUCCACCAUUACCGUGGACGCACUGCAGUGAGUGCCAGCCAAACCACUGCGAUCUCUGCUCGUUACUUUGCCAAGAUGCAUUAGCAAAAGUCUACUCUCUGGCUGUCCACCUGAGAGAUUGUAGGGUCACAUUCUUUCAACUUCACCACUUGGCUGCUUGAGAUGGGUUCUGUCCUUUUCUUUCAAAAAGAUCCCCCCUUCCCCCAACUUUUGUCUUAGUAUGAUACCGUUGUAAUUUGAUAUAUGGUAUUUAUAUUGGCAUCUUACGACAAAAUGUUACUAGAUGUCACACACAUUUGUGGUGCUUUGAUGUUUGCAAGUCUGUCUGCCUUUGAGCAUAAAUUUGGUCAAAUGAUGAAUUGAAACAAAGGGAAAAGAAAUACUUGAGAGUGAAGCCAUAAUGAUAACGGCAUAUUUUCCUGGGUGAGGGACGGGAAGGCUUGUGCCACUACAAAUCACAUUAUCUCUCUAUUCACACAACUAAAGACUAAACAAUGGUUUCAAAGGACUGAAAGUCCCUUCAGUGUUUUACACAUCAGCAUGUUAGACAACCACACAGUAUGUUGUUAUUUUUGGAAGAUCUGAAUCCACUUAAGAGGAAAAAAAAAAAGAAAAAACAUCUCAAUUUUCCUUAUUUUUUCUCCCUUCUGCCCCUCCCCAUCUCCUUACCCUGCCACCAGAGGUUUUCAUGGUCUUUUCUUUCUCAGGGUCCUAUUUGGUGGAUAAAUAGAUAGAUAGAUAGAUAGUAUACAUACAUACAUACAUGCAUACUCCCCAAGAUGCUGCUGCUCAGUAUCUUCAGACCAAAAGGGUUCUGGGUAUGUAGGUCAGUCAGAGAGUAACCCUACUGCCUUCUGCCCCCUCCCUCCUUUUCCUUAUUAGUACCCUAGAUGAAAGAUAAUUAGUGUGGAUUUCAGUGCCUCUCAUCCGACAUUCAACCCAGAGGAAGAAAGAGGCCUGGCUAAGGUCCAUUGACUGCCUGCUGGCUCCAGAACCAAUGGCAAUUCUUAAAAAAGAAUGAGUUCUUCUAUAAGAAUUACAAUAAGGAAUGGGUUGCAGCUAGCUGUGUUUGUCAAGUUCUGUGCACGCCAUGACAGGAAAUUUCACCUGAAAUUGAAGUGAUGCUCUGAUUAGUGGAAGCACAACCUCUAAAGCCCCUUCCAGCUCUAAAUCUAUGAUCCUCUGACCUCCAAGGGAGACAUUUCUGCAGCCUGGUGUAGACUCUGCUGCCUAAGAUGCUGGAGUUAUAUGACAGAAAGAUCCGUGACUCCCAAUAGCAUUUGGAAUAUGGAAUUUUUCCUCUUCAUAGGGCCCUUCUUGUUGUUGACCUUUGCUAAACAGUGACAAUUUAUAAACAAAUAUAGCAAAUAUUAAUGUAUUAAAAGCAUUCCUUAUUUUUUAACUAAAAUUUGCACAUUUUAUUAGUCUCUUUCUGACUCUUCAUCACCUUUUUUUUUUCCAUUUGCAGUUGGUGUUCCAUCUUGGUUCAUUUUGCUUGGUUUCCAAUUUUUGAUUUAUUUUCACUGGUAAUUUGAUUUAGCAGGUGCAACAAAAGCAAGAAACAAGUGCCCCUUCCACCCAACCCCAUACUUCCCACUUAACUAAACAGCUAAAAUAAACUUCUGAAUGAUCUAUUUUAAA